AUGGCCACAGCCCACAUGGCCGUCAGGACUGAAACCCUUCCCUCACUGUCCUCAACUUCCACCUCCGUCAACGAGUCAAUGGGUGCUCGUAUCGUCCCAAUCCCAACACCGACCAUCAAGAUGUCUCCUCCAGCCUCUGGUGAUCCUAUGGAAAUUACCUCCCCCACGCCCUCGUCCACCAACCAGAACUCCGAUUCCGAUGCCAAUGGAAAAUCCAACGAUCGUCCCAAAAACUCGGCACUCGACCAGGUCCCAUCUUCGAACAUCACCAGCAACGGCUCCACCACGAUGGCCGCUCCGCCGCCCGCCGCCGCCGCCGCGGUGCAUCAACCCAAGAUCGUUCAGACCGCCUUUAUUCAUAAGCUCUACAACAUGCUGGAAGAUCCAAACAUCCAACACCUGAUAUCAUGGUCCGCAAGCGCCGAGAGCUUCGUGAUGUCACCCUCGGCCGAUUUUUCCAAAGUGUUAUCGCAAUAUUUCAAACACACCAACAUUUCCUCCUUUGUGAGGCAGCUUAACAUGUAUGGUUUCCAUAAAGAACGCGACGUCUUUCAUACCGGAAACCCCGAUACCACACUAUGGGAAUUCAAACACGGAAAUGGCAACUUCAAGCGUGGAGACCUGGUCGGCUUGCGGGAGAUCAAGCGCCGAGCCAGUCGCCAUGCGCUUGUCCAUCGCGAAAGCAACUACACGAAAUCAGCUACGUCGCAGCCAGGAACCCCUGCUGAACCUAUGCCUAUCCCCCAAGAUGGCCCAGAUGCGCGACUGAUCAACAUUGAGCACACGCUCUAUGAUCUGGGGUCCCGACUGCAGAGAAGCGAUGAAGCCGCCCAUUACAUGCAUGUCAAGAACCAAGCAGCAAUGGAAACCAUGGGCCGCCUGCUGCAUUUCAAUCAGGAGCUGUCAAGGGCUGUAUUGUCACUGGUCCCUACUGACAGCCCCAUCUCACGCGAUGUUAUCGCAUUGCAAAGCGAAAUGCAGAGACAAGCCGAGAUGAUCCGCUCACUCGACGAACCCCAAGAGCCUACCUACUCGCGGCAGCAAUAUUUCGCUGGUGUCGACAAUGCCCCAGUGUCCCCGAGACAACUCGCCCAAGACGACCAGCGACGAGGUAGUAAUCUGGCUGUUCCUCAGCCACGAGGCCAGAACUUCUACCGCCCACCAGUCCCAUCAAACCUAUCUAUCAGCACUCGACGACCGUAUGGGUCGAUUAGCGGCAACAGUACUACGCAGUCAUCGCCCUUGCGCACAGUGCCGCCGCCGCCGCCGCCCGCCGCCCCUCAUCCCCUCUCCAACGUGGAGCCUUCCCCCGCAAGUCUUGGUCGACGUCAUACGGCCGCUGACAUUCGCGCCCACGGAUGGCAGCCGGGACCGUCUCCCUUUGGCACUGGCGCACCCAGCACGCCAUGGCCUCCUUCUCCGAGCCGCGUUGCUCCCGAGGAGCAGCGCAUUAGGGACUCACUCUCAUCGUACUCUUUGCAGACUGCCUCCCACGUCCAUUCCCACUCACGACCAACAACGCCCCCGCCUCCAUUUGCCAAUGGCGGCAACGGUGGCGCUGAUACCUUUGGAAGUUGGUCUUGGAACUCGGCCGCGAAUCGCGACAACAAGAACCUGGCUGUCAGGGAUCACUCGGCGCCGCCGACGAGGAGGGGCAGUAUGGCACAUAUUCUCAACCCCAGUGACACUGCGGAACGCUCAGAUGAGGACGAAGACCCGAGAGGUGAGGACGACAGAAAACGAAAACGGGUGCAGUAA